CUCCCUGCGACCUGCGACUCCCUCCAUCGCCUCGACGUCCCCCGGGCCCCGCCCGUCCUCUACCCACUUCUACCAUCGCCUAGCCGUUGUCCCAUGCCCCGAUGUCGUACACCUUGAUUUCGUGAUUCGUCGCGCACCUCUUCGGCUCGCGCGGGCAUGAGACAGGCCGCAUCACUUCAGGUAGGUCUUCCGGUGGCGUGCUCAAACCAGCUCGACUCCACGUUUCUUUUCUUUCUGCUUCGCACGAUUCUCUGAUCUUUCUCUCCUUUCCCCGUCGUGGAUGGUCCAACGUCGCGCGAGAUUUCCCGUUUAGGACACUCGGAGGUCCAUCGCGCGAAACCUGAUGUACCCGACCGACCGGGGAUUUCCGCGUUCCACGAGUACCGUGCCAGAUCGAGGACGAUCGUUCCGAUUGGGAUCUCUCAUCGAUCAUCCUUAUGAUGGAAUAUGAAAUGUUCCACGUGAGAGUGACAGUUUCGCGUCUUGGGAUUCCAUAUCCGGGGACACUCCCUUUUAGCCGAGCGAAAUCGGCGGUGCGUACCUAUGUGCCGAUGAGCGCCGACAAGUGCCGAUUAAACGCAUCGCUAAUGAACUAGCAAGGCCGAAAAUUAGAUCAUGAGUUCCGAAGAUACAACUGAUACAACUGACAAUGCGGCGGCGGCGACGGCGGCGGCAGCUGAUUCCUUUGGCGUAGCUGCACAAACAAAUUGGGUCCAAUUUGAGGAGGAGGCAGAUUCGAAAGAAGCUACCAAUGUCGAAAGAAAAGCCGGCAACAGUAGCGCGCCCGCCGUAAUAAAGCCCGAGUCGGUUACUGUACAAGUUGACAAAAUCGGCAAAAGUAUUGACCCACCUGAUAUUAAUAAUAAGAAAACCAAUGAGUACAGAGGUGCUGUGAUAGCAACCGAAUCCGUCCAGAUUAACUUAGAUAGAUCAGGUUUAAGUCGUUCUAUCACGUCCGAGACUCCGAAUCUUAAAUUACCGUCUGAUGUUCGAACGUCAGAAGUCAAGAGCGCUUCUUUGAAGACCAUUGACCUGAGGGAUGUGUCCAAUGGAAGAAAUGCACCGAGUAACGUUAUCAAUACGUCGAUUGGAAACAUCAGGCAGGGUUUUGCCAAUGGCGAUACCAUAGUUACUCUUCUGCCGGUAAAUACUAAGUGGCCGUGGAUUACUCCGGCCAGAUUCAGACCGGAAUUGGUGCCGGAGGAAUUGAUGGCACAAGGAUUAACCCUUACAGUAGAAGAUUAUGUUCACAUAAUGGAAUUACUUGUGAACGAUGUACGCUUCAAUAUGUAUAACAUAUGCUACAAGAGGAUUCUCGUCCUUUGGAUAUUCACCGCCUUCGUUGUGCUGCUUGGUUUAUUGUUCUCUGGUGUGACUGGCCUCACUUUAUUCGGACUAGGUGUUAUGUGGUUAAUCCUGAAUGCAGCUGCAAUAUUCUUCUGCAUGUUUAUCAAAAUAAAGCUCAAUCACAACCUUGAGAAAUGUAUGGCUCAAGUUAACAAACAUUUAUUAAGACAUAAAAUAUUAUUGGGAUUAGAUGAUAGAGGAAAAAUCUCCUGCCACAAAGUUAAUCUGUGUUUCAUAUACUUUGACACUACGGAUUGCGUUAAAAAGUUGCAAGAAGUAAUAGAACGAGAAGAACGCGAAGGUAGAAUAAUUGGUGGCGAUGAUGCAAAUGAUAUAAAUCGACAACGAGAAUUACAGCAACGUAUGGACAUUGACGACAGUGACAUUGUUAUACAAGGCAGCACCACUACAAGAAUCUCUCGUAAACAGGAACGGGCGGAGUUGCUGUUGCUGAGGUAUGCGUCUCGAUGGGCACGUCACUUCGUGCGUCGCAGACUUGAUCUGGUUAUAGACUCGCAGGAACGUGAUAGAGGUAUUAUGGGUCUGUCUGUUCCACCGCGCCAUUGUGUCUCCGCCCGUUGCCCUUGUCAAUUCAUUGAGGACCAUCUCAAACACAAGCCGAGAGGGUAUCCACCAGGAUUUACAUGGUGUGCCUACCUUAGUGAACCUGUGACCCGAUUUGACAUGGUACCAAGUUUUUCCCAUUAAAUAGUUUCUGUUUUUACAGAUCGUGUUGAUACAAUAUCGUUCGAAUUUAUAUAUAAACAGAUGAGCUAUAUGUCAAAAUAAGAUAUACCGUUAUAUGUACAGAGAACUAUUUACACGUUAAUUUAAUUAUAUAUCUUUUUAUUCGCGCAUUUGUUUAGAAUAGUUACUUAAGCGAAAAUUAUCUAUUAUCAGAUUUUAUAAUAUAUAUAUUUUUUAUAAC